ACAAAAAACAGCUGAUGAUGAAGUACUUGUAAGAUGCAAAUAUGUGCACAAGUAUAGUCUCAACAAAAGUUAAAAAAUAUUUUAUAAAAUGUUAGCAAUACGUCUCACAGCAAGACGGUGUAUUCAUUCAACAAGACAUUGUUACUAUAACUUUAAGUUAAGUGAAGUGCAAACGGAGAAAGUUCUAAGCGUCGUAAACAGUAGUACUGUGGAAGAUUUAACCGAACGAUUCGGUCUUUCCAAGACAAGAGCCAACAAACUACACUUUGGUCGACAACAAAUAAGUAGAAGUGUGACCAGCAUUGACGAACUAUUUACCAUCGGCGGUUUCAGCGAGAAUGUUUUGCAUCGAUUUUGUAAAAAGAUAUUGUAUGGUGGAGACUCUGCAGACAUUAAUGACGACGGCACCAUAACAGCACCAAGGAUUCUCUCGCACACCACCCCUAAGAUAUCAGACAAUGUGAUUAGCCAAAUUAAGUCAUUCACUGCGAUUCAGUGUGGACUGACCGGACUGGCUUGGUGUACAUUUGUAUUAACUCCGAAUGCACUGACAAAUAUCACCCAUUGGGAAUGGAGGCCAUUGCCACAAUCGAAACUAAGUCUUCAUCUAAUGGCCAGUUUCAUUUCGAAUGCUCUAAAAGCGGUUCCGCAGUCAGACUUUUAUGUAUUUGAAAAUCCGGUUGCCACCAAUGUCGGAUCUUCGCAAAAAGUUAACCUUAACGUUCAAUUAUCAAACAUGAUUGGAAUGGCAUCGGUUUUAGUUGCGCAACGCAGCACUCUGCUGACCGUUGUUGAUGAGGAAAUCAACGAUGAGAGUAUCAAUAAUGUGGCCUAUUUGAGAAAGUACUUGUACGCACGUUUGUUUAAGCUAUACGUUGGAACGGAACAGAUUUCGUCAAAUAACUAUGUCGACACUUUACUUCGCUGGAGUCAAACUUCCACCGUAUUGAAUGAAGAUGUGCAAACGUUGGUGCAAGUCGAAGAUGAUCUCAAAUCAAGUUAUGCCUCAUCCGAAAGUCAGGUGAAGGAGUUGUUAAGUUGCACAUUGCUGACUGGUCUGGCUUUCCUACGACUAAACGUCUUAAAAUGCCCAAAAAGUUAUGAAGCAUUGAAGGAAAGGUCCAAAAAGAAAAUUAAAUUGGCUGAAAAUCCACCGAAAUUGGUUUAGAUUAUAGAAAUUAAACGGAUCGUUGAAAUAUUGAAAA